UUGGAGUUUGUUUAUGUUGUUGUUUGUUAACUUUUAUUGAUAUGACACCAAAUCUUACUUAAAUAACACGAAAAUCAAGCACUCAGUAAUUGUAUCGUGACAUAACCAAAAUACAUCAGUAAUCUAUUUUCGUCAUCAAUCUUCACAAGCACGUCCUGGUACCCCGCGUGCAUUUGUGACGUUUACGUCGAUAGAAAUAACCCAAAGCUAUUUACAGUUAAAAAUAUCAUUUGAAUGGAAUUCUGACAAGUGAGAUAUUAUACAGUGUUCUUAUGAAUGCAAGUUAGUCCAGGCUGAGGUUCAAGCUCUGUCAACCACAGUGGCUGAAUGGGCUGUGAAGUCUCCAAUAUGUUAGCCUAAUCAAGCAAAUUUGAUAAAGAAUGGCAGCUUUUCUAACGAGAUGUCUCACCCAAGCAAAACAAGUAAGACAUUUUCUGGAAGCAAGUUCAUUUGUGCAUCAAUCUUCGGCCAGGGUCAGUGUUUAUGAAUAUGACCGAAAGGGUGGAUACCGGAAAGAAAAGAAGCCCCCAGUAAAAGAAAUGCUGAAGCAUGGUUUCAAAGAACUCAAAGUUGAACUGGGCCAUUUUAAGGAGGAAGUGAAGGAGAAACUUGAAUGUGAUGUAUUCAUGGAUCUUCAACAUGGAGACUUUGAGUACCAGUGGAGAAUGAAUAGUUUGGAUGUAAUUGAGUCGUGGACAGUGACUAGUGACAUGGACAAUAGUGAAGGUCAAAGCAAAGCCUCACUGGCAUUCAGUAAGAACAACACAGCUUUGUUUCAUGGCUAUCUCUCACAGGAAGUACCAAAGGAUGGUGUUCAGAAGAGAUCUGGAUACUGCAAUAUCAGAUCACCUAGCAAAUUUAAAGCAUUCAAGCGGAAAGUCCCAUAUGACUGGUGUCCAUUCAACUGUUUGCUUAUAAAAGUGCGAGGAGAUGGUCGUCCAUACAUGCUGAGCAUUGGCAUGGAUCGAUCAUUCGACAUCAACUGGAAUGAUCAGUAUAAUUAUACAUUGUACACCAGAGGUGGACCGUACUGGCAGAUAGCAAAGAUUCCUUUUUCCAAAUUUUAUUUAACCAGCAAAGGAAGAAUUCAAGAUAAGCAGUGUGCAAUACAGCUUGAAAAGGUUUCUUUCUUUGGAAUUUCUCUCGGAGAUGGAGCUGAAGGGCCCUUCUGUCUGGAGAUAGAUUCCAUAGCACUUCUGUAUGAUGAAAACCAUAGUGAAGAGUUUGCUUAUGAAAUGUACCAGGCCAACCCUGCUCAUGUUGGAACUUAAAAGAUUUAUUGAAAUUAUGGGUUAACACAUGACCAAUAGCACAUAAAUAUUACAUAAAUGUACAUACUAGCCAACAAGCAGAAAUAAUUCCAUUCUGUAAUAUGUUGUUUCACACAUAUAAUAUCAGUGUUCUUCAACUUCAUAACCAGGUUGACGGUCUGCCAUGCGUGACUUGGAUGGUACUUAGCAUCAUCCUUGUGAUUUUUUUACUGAUAAUACACUAGCUGGGUCAAAGUGUUCAUGACUGGGACAGCCAGAAUAUGUAUUUCAGCUGAUAUUUGCCUAGUGUGAAAAAUGUAUGUACUUAUUAGAGUGGCAGUUUGAGACUCCACCUAAUUAAAUAUUUCAUAUAUCUCUGCAUUGCUUGUAAUAUGUUGAUAAUAAUUUUUGCUGUGCAGGUCCAUAUUUUGUAAUUGGAUUGUCUAUUUGAUGAACUGUUGUUUACAAAAGACUCAGUUGUAAAGGUUGACCAUUCCAAACAUUUGUAAGAAUGCCAUAAGCAUGGAAGUUUAGUAGAGAAAAGUAACAAGAAUGUGCAGAAAAAAUGAGAAUGUGUGAGCAGUGAUUAUACACUGGGAGUUUCCUCAAACUUGUGAAGAAUUUAACCCGUGCAAUAGGGAACUUCCACAAACUUCCAUAAUUCAUCUGUCCUCAUCUAAUAUUAUACAGAUAUAGCAGAUGGGAGGAGAUCCAGCCUUUGAUCUAGGGUCUAAUCCGAUGCUUUCAUAUUAGACAUGGACAUGGUAACUUACAACGAUUUUGAUAAAUAUUAUAGGUUGCAUCACUAGUAAAGACUACAGCCUAGAUUAUUACAUGUAUAUGAUUUCCUGACCUUAAACUGCAAUAUCCUGAAUCUGAUCCAUGAAUUUCAACAAUGUGAAGUAAACAUGUAGCUAUAAGCUUAUUUGCUGUGAAUUAAUAGCUCUAUUUUCUAACAUCAGAAUUGAAAUACUGCAUUUUAUGAUUCUUUUUCAGUAUCAUCAUGGUUAAAAAAAGACCUAGAUUGGAGAGUAUUUGUUUGGUUUUAAUAAAUGACAGAUAAUCUU